CCCCCUCCUCUUUAAACCCAAACAAAAGAAACUUUCUUUUUUUCUUAUAGCAGCAAUAAAAGAACCAACAAAAAAUAUAGUUUUUGUUAAUCAUUCUCCCUUUCUUUCUCACUCUAAAACUACCUUUUUAAUUGAUUUUUUUUGGGCUUUUGUUUUUCUAAUUAUUAUUUUUUCCCUUAAUCUAUCCUUCAGUCAUAGAAUAAUUAGAUAGCAAGAUAGGAAUGGGAGCUGCUACAGUUUUUAUUAGAGUUUAGAGAGGCAGAGAAGAGGGAGACUCUCUCUCUUCACUCUUGAGAAGUUAACCAAAGAAGAAGAGAGAGAUCCUCUCUCUCUCUCUCUCUCUCUCUCUCUCUCUCUUUUUUCCUCCUCCUGAAAAUCAUAACCUCCAUCUAUGGUUAUGGUUGUUUCUGUCCCCAUCACAGCCACCAUUCUCUUCUUCCUUUCUUUUCUUCUUCAAUUAAACAAAUAAUAAACCCCAAAACCCUACACUAGCCAUAUCAUUAUUAUUCUAAUCUUCAUGUUUACUAUAUAAACACCCACCCACAUUUUCCCCAAAUUUGCACCUUCUUCUUCUUCUUCUUAUGUUUCUUGUUGUUCAUUCAAGAGCAAGACAUCCUUAAUACCCAUUUAGUUAAAACAGUUUGUCAUUCUUAUAUGGUGAAGCAGAGUAAAAGAUAAGAUAGCAAAACAAACAAAUAUUCAACCCAAUUAAAACCAAAUCCAACCCGAACCUACCAAUAUCCAUUAUUGCUUCUCCAAAGAUGCUUCCUUUUCCUAACUUUUGCAUUCUCUUAAUUUGCUUUUCCCUUCUCUUUAUUACCACAAGAACAACAGCUACUUCCUUCAAUCUUUCCCUUCCUCACCAGCACCCUGACCCUGAAUCUAUUGCCCAAGAUGUUCAAAGGACUAUCAAUGCAUCUGUAUCAAGAAGGCAACUUCUGUCAACUCUACCAAAAGACCAAUGCCAAACCGGAAACCCAAUAGACGACUGCUGGCGAUGCGACCCAAACUGGGCAAACAACCGCCAACGGUUAGCCGACUGUACAAUAGGCUUCGGUCAAGGCUCGUUAGGUGGAAGAGGAGGUCAAAUCUAUGUCGUGACCGACUCCUCCGAUCACGAUCCAUCAAACCCAACUCCAGGCACACUUCGUUACGGCGUAAUCCAAAACGAACCACUGUGGAUCAUAUUCGCCUCAAGCAUGACCAUCAAACUCAAGCACGAACUCAUCUUCAACAGUUACAAAACCAUUGAUGGCCGCGGAGCUAACGUACACAUAACAGGAAACGGGUGUCUCACACUCCAGUACGUGUCACACAUUAUAAUCCACAACAUCCACAUACACCAUUGUAAACCAUCAGGCAACACAAACAUAGCCGCAUCGCCGACGCAUGUGGGGUACAGAGGGAGAUCAGACGGUGAUGGGAUAUCGAUAUUCGGAUCACAGAAGAUAUGGAUUGAUCAUUGUUCAUUAUCAUACUGCACUGACGGUCUGAUCGAUGCUAUAAUGGGAUCCACUGGGAUUACAAUAUCGAACAACUAUUUUUCUCAUCAUGAUGAGGUGAUGUUAUUGGGGCACGACGAUAAGUAUGUGCUGGACUCGGGGAUGCAGGUGACCAUAGCGUUUAACAGGUUCGGGCAGGCGCUGGUACAGCGGAUGCCGAGGUGCAGGCGCGGGUAUAUACACGUGGUGAACAAUGAUUUUUUGUAUUGGGAAAUGUAUGCCAUCGGUGGCAGUGCUAAUCCUACUAUUAAUAGUCAGGGUAAUCGCUAUGUUGCUCCUGCUGAUCCUAACGCCAAAGAGGUGACGAAACGCGUGGAGACAGACGAGAAGGACUGGGCAGAUUGGAAUUGGAGGACAGAUGGGGAUGUAUUAAUAAAUGGAGCAUUCUUCGUGCCAUCAGGAGCUGGGUUAAGUGCCCAGUAUGCCAAAGCGUCCAGCGUGGAGCCCAAAUCUGCUGCUUUAAUUACCCAACUCACCCUCAACGCCGGUGUCUUCGGUGACGCCAGGGAGCGUGAUGAGGGCAUUUCUAAUCCGGGAUUCAUCGGUGGUGGGACCACCACCGGCACCACCAACACGGGCAGUGCGGGCUCCACUGGCGGCGAUGGCGACUACUUCGGUAUGAUAUUCGGAAGCGGGGCUUCACCGUCCCCACCGCCACUCGCGUCUAGUAGCUCAGUCGUUUUGUCUGUUUUAAUCAUUAUAGUGCUGUACGCUAUGGCUACUAACGAUGGCGCCAUAUUAUCUUUCCCAUUAUCAUUGCUGUCAUUAUAGAACUUGGAUAAUGAAAAAGCCAAAUAUUCAUCAAAUUAAGAUGUAAAUGUUCAGAAAAAAAAAGGAAGAAAUUUUUUACAACUAGUUUGAUUCAGUCA